CAAAGUCAGUGUCGCUCAGAGCUCGGACGAGAACAGGCGUGUUGUCGAUUCUCCGAACGCUCUUCUCGCGUGUGCUUAGAAUCGCGAGUGUUUUAAUAUCCUGGAUUUCAUUUCUUUGAUUUUACUAAGUGAAGUUUUGAUAUGUGUUCAGUUUAGUGUUUGAAUACGUUGGAUUGUUUUUAAAGUGACAAUGUGGGCUAGCAAGAAGCCCGAGGGAGCUCCCGGGUCUCCCACCGAAGAGGAGAUCAAAGUGGUCUUAGUGGGAGACACGCAAUGCGGAAAAACCUCGCUGGUGCAGAGAUUCGUCUCCGAUACUUUUAUUGAGGCGUACAGUCCGACGGGCUUCGAGAAAUACGGCUACACGUGUACAGUCGCGGAUUUCAGAGUCAACUUCUCCGUUUGGGACACGUCGGGAACAACCUCGUAUGACACGGUCAGGCCGUUGGCGUACCAGGACGCCAAGAUCUUCAUGCUAUGCUUCAACGUAGCUGAGCCAGAAUCCCUCCACAAUGCUGCAGCCAAGUGGUACAGAGAAGUUCGUACGCACGGCGGUUCAGCUCCUGUACUCCUCUGCGGCUGCAAAGCUGACCUACGACACGAUAAAGAGACCCUCACCAUGCUGUCUAAGCUUAAAGCACACCCUGUCACAAGCGAAGAGGCAUUAGGCGUAGCGAGACAGCUUGGCGCCACGACUUAUGUGGAGACCUCGGCGCGGGCGUCCAGCAAAGGUGUCAAAGAUGCCUUCGAAGUGGCCGCCUUUGCCGCGCUGGGGAAACUGAACAAACAGCAAAUGAAACAACAACAGCAAGUGGGCCGCAGCAAAAGCAAGCGCGACCUGAAGGCAGAGCUGAAGGGGCGCGCCAAGAGCUGCUGCGUCAUGUGAUCCGGGGCCGGCCACCCCUCGCGGUGGCCGCACGACGUCUAAGCCAUCGCGAACGUUUCUAGAUAAAGCCUAACCGCCGUUAGGAAGAAUUCAGACGAUAAAGAGCUGCAAAAUGUUUAAAAAAACGCCCAAUUUUGCCCAAGGCGUCUUGAGCAUUCGUACAGAGGCCUAAGCGCCAUAUGCGAAGAAUUCAAACGUUAAAUAGCUGGAAAAUGUCAUAUACAAAAAAACGAGGCCAUGACUUCUUGAUAUGUAAAAUGUUAGAAGAACGAAGCAAUUGCUUUUGUCCAAAGCCUGGGUUUUAAGCAUUUGUGGCUGGCGGUGACGCCGUCAUUCUUGGUCUGAUCAGUGAUGUAAAUAACCUUUCCUGAUGCUAUCGAAAUCUUUGUUUGAAAUGUUGGCUAACAAAUUCAAUUUUGACGUGUGAAAACAUUAGGUAUUACUUUGAUAUUUCAAGUUUGGAAUGUUAAUUAGGUAAUUUAAGAAUUAAAUGUAUAAAGUUAGUUAAGUAUUGGCGGAUGCCGUUUUGACGAUUGGAUGGACUUCCUUGAGAAAUAUCAGUGAAACGAAGGUGCAAUCUAAGAAGCUAUUUGGGAGUAAAAGGAGCCUGUGAUAAUCUAUAAUAGGAAAUUCGUAAACGAAACUCUUUAGGCCUAGCACAUGAUUGGCGCGACAGUACCUCGCGGCGAGAUAGACUACCCGUAUUUUUCUAAAUGUAUUAAUUAAAGAGGGACGGGUAGUCUAUCUCGACGCGAGAUACUGUCGCGCCAGUCACGUGCUAGCCCGGUAGGAAGAACAAUUAUAUCGUGGUCACUUAAAACCUUAAUUUUAGUGUGCUUAAAGUUAGGCUUAAGCGACGACGAUAGUUGUUCUCUUCUCGAAAAGAGACGGAGAAAUUUUAAUACGAUGGUUUGAGGCACAUAGGCGCUUAGUGAGUGAAAUUAAUAUGAUAUAUUAACUAGUAUCCUGUCUAAAAAGUGAUUUGCUAGAUAUGAGACACACUCGUUUUGUCGCUUAGAAGUUUUGUUUACCUCAACGUUGUUGUAGUGGAGAAAAAAACUAAAGCGUCAAAAUAAUGCAAAGUACCUCUUGCCUAGCAAUGUCACAUGAAUUAUGUAAUAUGUAAAUAUACGAACGGUUAAAGUGUUGAACGCAAAAUAGUUCGUAAAACUUGUUUAAAUCAAAAAGGUACUGAAAUGUUAUUUAAAUGUCAAAGAAAAGCGACAGCGUAAUAUUCUAAUGAAAAAUGUAAAAAGAUAAUAUGUAACGGAAAAUAAGUGUUUUCAUAUACAAUAAAAUAUAGAUAAAAUACUUAGUGUUUUUCUAUUAUACUAGCAUUUUCAAAUUGGUGUAUAGCUAUAAAAAUUACGAGUUAUAUUUUUUUCAGUAGGACCAACGUUUUAUGCGCUGUAUAAUAAAUCAGUAGAAAUAAUAAAUGUGGUUGUUUGUCGAUGCGAAGCGUUUUCUUAUAGUUUGUGAUAUACAUACGUAAAAUAAUUAAAAUUAUGAUGCACAAUGAUGGACAAUACAAUUAAAUAAUGGUCCAGGUGUAGGUAACCACGUCCAUGUUUGCUACGUUAGAUUUUGUACCGUAACGAUGUUAAAUUUAGUCUUUGAUGCUUGCGACUCAGUACAUUUCAGAUUUUUUAUUUGUUAAUAUUUUGUGUAAAUAAACCUCAUUCAUAACCUCAACAAAUACUUAUAUACUUUAUUUUAUUUUAAUAUGUUAGUCGUUCAUAAUUGAAUGUACCUUACCUACUCGUAUGCAUGCAAAAUAGGCAUGCUACAAUAAAAUUUUCACAAAAAAAAAAUUGUUAUAAAGUAACAAAAUAAGUGUGGAAAAUGCCUGUUUUUAGAACUAAUGACAAGCUAUCGACAUAGCUACAAUGAAAAAAGUAUUUUCAAUAAUUAUAAUUUUAUUUUAAGUAAACUUUAGCCUGAUCGUUAUUACUUUUGUUUUGAAUUAUUUUUCAUGUAGUUAGUCGAUAACAAGCUUUAAAUUCAAUGUUAGCUUUAAUUACUGGGUAAUGUUAUGUAUACCUAUUUAAAUAUAGUUGUAUUGAG